AUGGGACACGCUCGAGAGCAUCAAACGACACAUAACCACCGGGAGGUGCUGUUGAUGCGGCGUCGCAUUGAAAGCUUUAUCAUGGUCUUUUCUGUUAUUGUUGUUGCGUUUCUUGUAUUAAUCGUUUCCAUUCAUCAGGGGGAGGCAAGCUGUCAGUCGCGGGCGGACGCUGCCACAUACAGUGUGUAUGCCCAGGCGACGCGAAAGAACGACACACUUGUUGGCGACUUGGUCGCGGCUCUCAAGCGGAAUGGAGUUCGUGCUGAACCGUUGGAGGAGACAGACAAAACGCAGCGAAUUGACGUCUUUGACACUCAAGAGGGAACGCUGUUGGCAUCCGGGUUUCGUCUCCUGCGGCUGUUGGGGCAAUUUGACGUGAUGUGGCAAUUGCGGUACUUGGAGCAAAGUAUCUGUUGGCCCCGGCGUACAAUCUCCAUGGAAGCGUUGCCCAACGUGGACAGCGAGAGGGUCUCGUAUCACGUGACAGCGAUUAAUACCCGGGGUGGACGGGCCUUUCUUUACAAGGCGGAUGUGUUGACGAGGGAACGUGACAGGAUCACAACCUUUCCGGAGCUGCAGUCGUUGUUCCCAGGCUUUAAUGCGCAGACUGCAUCUCCGCGGAUGCUCGUGACAAAUUCGAUGAAUGUGUCAACAAAGUUUGCUGCGGAGCUGCACUACGGCUUGUCCCCCCUGGAUAUUGAACUACGAAUGGAGCAACGAAAGCCUGUGACGGGGGAGGCUGCCUACUGGCGAGUCACGGUUUCAACAACAAACAUUAUGGCUGAGGCGAAUUUGGUUAAAAUGCACGGUAUUGUCUCUGAAUUGGUGGUUAAUAAGAGUGUUUUGUGCCCUGCGGCGAAGUGCAGGGCCAUAUUUGAUGAUCCGUUUCUUCAGUCUUGA